AAUACUAGCACACAAGAUGCAGCUUAAGAAAGCAAGAGCCGCCAGAGAAAAACAAAAACGAGCACAGCGAACAAUUGAAGAUAAAAAAAGAGAACAUGACAGAGCCAAGCAAAGACGCACUGAAAGAAGAGAAAAGCAAAGCCCAGAGGAACAACUAUUAAAGCACAAGCAACACGCAGAAACAGAGAGAGCCAAAAGAAGAGAAAAAACUGCUACAAAACAACAAUUACAACGACAAGGGAAAAAAAAAGAGAGAGACCAGAACAAGGAAACAAGCGCUACCACACAUACAACAACAUCUCUCAAUGAAAUAUCAAUUAAUACGGAAAAAAACAUUACUGCACCCACAUGUCUCAACUUACAACCUAAAAUAGACAUUGCCAAGGCACAAAAAAUGACAAACAAACAAAACCAACAAGGCAAAAACAUGAAAACGCUGACACCCAACAAACAAAAACACAGACAACAGACCACCAUGAACAGUUGCUCAAGAAAAAAGCAGCAGCAGAGAAACGUAGACGAGCCAAUAAAACAGAAGACGAGAAGAAAGAAGAACAUCAGAAGAACGUGCAAAAAAGGGGGAAAAAAAGAGCAAACCAAACACAAGAGAAGCAGCAAUUACAACGCAGGCAAGAUGCAGACAUGAAAAAAGCCAGAAGACGAAAACAGACUUCACAAACACCACAUACACAACAGGAAAAAAUGACCUGUGCGGCAAAACACACAACAGCAAUGAUUAAUAACAUCGCUGACAUUUGGGAACACAACAUCCAACCACACACAUGUGGAAACUUGAACCAGAUAUGUGACUUUUGCAAUGCAAAACACUUUGCAGGAGAAAGACCCACAGACCGCAAAUUUUCACAAUGCUGCUCAAAGGGGAAAGUAAACCUGCCCCCCAUUACAACAGACCCAUUCAUCAAGCAGCUUAUGACUGGACAACAUCAACACAGCAAAAACUUCAUGGAGAAUGUCAGAUCCAUAAAUAGUUCACUAGCAUUUGCCUCCAUGGGAGCAAACAUAGUAACACCACCAGGCCAUGGGCCGUACUGCUUCAGGAUACAUGGCUCCAUUUGCCACAGAACAGGCACGCUGCACCCACAGCAGGGCCAAGACCGACAAUUUGCCCAAUUAUACAUCUUAGACCCCACUGAGGCCACAGAAAUUAGAUUGCAAAAUACAGCCAACACAAAUAUAAACCCACAACUCAUGCAAGCACUAAGUACACUAAUGGCAAAUAACAAUCCAUUUGCAGAAGCUUGCAAAAUGCUGCACGAAGUAGAAACAGAGUGCCAAAGGGAUGCAAACCAGACAGACGAUGGUAUUAACGAAGUGACCUUAACAAUAGUCCAAGACCGUCAGCAUGAUCCAAGACGUUAUAAUGCACCACAACACAAUGAGGUCGCAUUUAUUUUCAAAAACAAUGACGGAGAACCACCUCUAGAAAGGGAUCUACUCAUCCACUGCAAACCAAGUAUGGGCAAAGCAGACCACAAAAUAACACAGCGAAUAAGUGUCCUAGACCCCAAUCUAGAGGCCAUGGUUUACCCAUUGCUAUUCCCCCACGGAGAGCAAAGCUGGGGGAUAGACAUACCUUUGCAACUUCAACCACAAGCCUUAAAGGAUUUAACAAAGCAGCCGCGUGCACCAAGAGUCCGAGUCACCCAGAUGCAAUACUAUGGCUACCGUCUAUCCAUCAGAGACAAUGUAAACCCCUUCCUAAAUGCUGGACGCUUAACACAGCAAUACAUCGUAGAUGCUUAUGUGAAGACAGAGGCCAAUAGACUCAAUUUCGUCCGACAAAAUCAGCCAAAAUUGAGAGUGGAGAAAUACUCUGGAUUGAUGGACCACUUAAAUGAAACAGCCACUGCAACAGGCCUCAUUCCCGGGAAGACAUUUAUCUUGCCAUCCUCAUUUGCAGGUAGCCCUAGAAACAUGCUCCAGAACUAUCAGGAUGCCCUGGCGAUUGUAAGAAAGUACGGCAAACCAGAUCUCUUCAUAACAAUGACAUGCAACCCCAAUUGGAGUGAAAUUGUAGAAAACCUUGAACAUGGCCAAACAGCUGCAUCACGACCAGAUUUAGUGGCAAGAGUCUUCCACCUAAAACUAAAAUCAUUGAUUAAUGACAUCUGCAAACAGCAUAUAUUUGGAACACCCACAGCCUUGGUGUAUGUCAUCGAGUUCCAGAAAAGAGGACUGCCACAUGCACACAUACUGCUAAUCCUGACAGAAAACCACAAACCAAAAACUGACGCGUGCAUAGACAGUAUAGUUUCUGCAGAAAUCCCAGACAUUGUCAAAACACCACAACUUCAUGAAAUCGUCACAAAGCAUAUGAUUCAUGGCCCAUGCGGAACUCACAAUAGGCAAUCACCAUGUAUGUCAAAUGAAAAAUGCACCAAAGAUUUCCCAAAAGAUUACCAAGAUCAGACUAUUUCAAACAUCAACGGAUACCCCAAAUACAGAAGAAGAAACACUGGAGAGAGCAAAAUACACAGAGGAAAACCAAUUGAUAACAGAUGGGUUGUACCCUAUAACCCCUUUCUAGCACUUAAAUACAACUGCCACAUCAACGUCGAAGUCUGCGCAUCAAUUAAGAGUGUGAAAUACCUUUUCAAAUAUGUCUACAAGGGCCAUGAUUGCGCAAAUGUCCUAAUCCAAGAACCAAACACUUUGACCCAUGAUGAAAUCAAGACCUACAUGGAUUCACGUUACGUCAGCGCCCCAGAAGCAGCAUGGCGACUAAAUGGCUUCGAGAUGCAUUACCAAUCCCAUACAGUACAUAGACUGGCAGUGCAUCUCCCAGACGAACAAGCAGUAAUCUUCAACCCAGAAGACAUUGGCGCAGCAACGGACAGAGCAGCAAGCCGUGAAACACAAUUAACAGCAUGGUUCAAAUUAAAUCAGCAAGACGAGAAGGCAAGACACAUAUUAUACGCAGACAUCCCAGUAUAUUAUGUCUUCGACAAAGCAAACAACACAUGGAAAAUUAGGCAACGUGGGGCUGAAAAAGUGAUUGGCAGAAUGUAUUCAGUGCAUUUGCAAACAGACCAAGAGCGCUAUUGCCUACGCCUCCUACUGCUACAUGUGUCAGGAGCCACAUCCUAUGGAAACCUCAGAAGCGUGGAUGGCAUUGAAUAUCCAACUUUCCAAGAAGCAGCAAAAACGAGAGGCCUCAUAAACGAUGAAAAGAUCUGGGAUAGUACACUUGAAGAUGCAGCACAAUACAACAUGCCCACGCAAAUCAGAGAACUCUUUGCCUACAUCUGCGUCUUUGCAUCCCUCCAGAACAUGCAGGAGCUAUUCACAAAAUAUGAACCAUACCUCAUUGAAGAUUAUGUCCAUAAACACCAACAGCACAAUAAAGAAUGCACAGUCUGUCGUGACCUUGCCCUCCAAGACAUUUCAAAAAUAUUAACAAUCCAUGGAAAGAAAUGCACAGACUACGGCUUUACAUACAACAUACAUAAUAUAGAACACCUUAACGAUGUGUACAACCAAGCCUAUGAACAACAAACCGCAGAACAGAUGUCAAACACCCUCAAUGAUGAACAAAGAACAGCCAUGGAAGAAAUUAUAACAGCUAGCCAAAACGAUGAGCUACAACACCGAUGCUUUUUCUUGGACGGCCCAGGAGGGAGUGGAAAGACAUACUUAUACAGAACCAUACUCAGCACAAUUCGCAGCCAGAAUGAAAUCGCGCUCCCUGUAGCCUCCACAGGAAUAGCAGCAAACCUUCUGCAAGGCGGCAGGACAUAUCACUCACAAUUCAAACUGCCAGUACCAAUACUUGAAACCUCCGUGUCUAACAUGCGCCUCAAUUCCCAAGAUGCAAAAAACAUAAAGAAAGCCAGAAUAAUCAUUUGGGAUGAGUCAACAAUGGCACCCACUCAAGCAAUAACAGCAGUAGACAAACUAAUGAAGGAGAUCAUGGAGAACAACAAGCCCAUGGGUGGAAAAUUAUUUUUACUGGGAGGGGAUUUCCGACAGACACUACCAGUAGUGCCACACGGAACCCAAACCCAUAUUGUCGAGGCCUGCAUAAAAUUCAAUACACUAUGGCACACAUUCAAGAUCCUAAGACUACACAACAAUGUAAGAUCCAAAGACCCAGACUUCAGCAAAUGGCUAAUCGCAGUAGGCAGCGGAGAUACACCACACAUUGAGGGAUUACCAGAAAACAUCAUUGAGAUCCCAUCAAACAUCAUAUGCAGAACAAACAUCGUGAAAGAAAUUUUCGGAGAACAAAUACAAGUCCAAAACUUCCAACACAUAGCAAGAAGAUCCAUCCUAUGCCCCAAGAACAGUGAUGUAGACACCAUCAAUGACCAGGUACUCAGCAUAUUGGAGGGUGAAGAAAUAACUUAUCACAGUGCAGACUCAAUAGAUGACACCACUGAGGAAGAUGCCAAAAACUACCCAACAGAGUUCCUGAAUAACCAAACACCCGCAGGAAUGCCAAAACAUACACUCUCUCUGAAAGUGGGCGCAAUAAUAAUGCUUCUAAGAAACCUAAACACAAGAAAAGGAUUAUGCAAUGGAACCCGCCUAAUUGUAACAAGCCUAGAAAAGAAUAUCAUCAUAGGACAAGUAAUCACAGGUUCAGCACAAGGAAACAUGGUCUUCAUCCCAAGAAUAGAUUUAGCACCAACAUGCACCAACCUACCAUUCACCUUGCGAAGACGACAAUACCCCAUAAAAUUAGCAUUCGCAAUGACAAUUAACAAGUCACAAGGACAAACCCUUGAGAAAGUCGGAAUUCAUUUGCCAGAACCAGUGUUCAGCCACGGACAAUUAUAUGUUGCGCUGUCAAGAGUGCAAAGCUUUAAAGACGUCGUGGUCAAGGUGCUGGAAGGCCCAGAACAAGGAAGACUAAUAGCAGGCUCGGAACAAAUAUUCACCAAGAAUGUAGUGUAUAACGAAAUACUCUGA